AAUCGAUCAGCAGAAUGCAGCGGGCACAACUCACUUCACGAGCCCUGCUGGCCAUCGCCAUCCUCUACGCAUGCCUGUCGCCCGCUGUCUGCGUGUACGAGGCGAAGAUCUUGUCGUUCCUUGAAGAGUUCCGCAUGCGUAUGUGCCACCCAAUCCCGAAUCUGGGUCUGCCCGCUUUGGACCCACUGCAGUUUGGCCCUGUCGCGACAGAACUGAACAACAAAUACCUCGUGGACUUCACUGGGUCAAUCGACAACUUUCAGUUGCACGGAUUGUCCGACUUUGAUGUACCUGAACUCAGUUUGACCCCGGUGCCCCGUUUGAAGAACACCAUUAACGUUACCCUCCCACUCACGCACUUCGAGUCCUUAUACACCGCCAAGGGAUCCUUGGCCUACAUCCUAAACUUGGCGGGUGAUGGCAAUGCCGAAACCUCUAUUAAAAACUUUUCAAUCCUCAUUUCGUUCCGAUUGAGAUCUGUGUCUCCCCUGGCCAUAUAUUCAUUAGAGAUCGAGCUGGGUUUGGGCGAACUAUGGAUUAACUUUGAUAACCUGGUGGAAGAGGAGCGUAUCAAUGAUUUUUUCCAUGCUUUGGUGAACGAAUUGGGAGUAGAGCUGCUCGGCGACGUCUGGGAUUAUGAACAGGGCACAGUUGUCUCUAAAGCCCAAGCGGCCGUUAACAAAUUCUUGGGACAGUUCACUUUGUCGGAGAUUAUUCAAAUAAUAACUGGUGGAGGAAGCGAAGGAGAAAGUGCACCCAUAUUUGAGGGCGUGGAACCCGAUUGCAAGCUUGAAGCUAGUCCGACCAACUAAGACUGACUGUUUAACUCCUUCUAGCCUUAUAGAAGCCAUUAUUUUAAAUUAGUUUAAUAAAUAUACAUAUGUACGUUUUUAUAAAUCGCGGACCAUGGGUAAGCACUGGAAAAUAUACAAUUUAUAGACCGUU